GAGUACUGAAAAGGACACUUUCUUGCCGAUUGGAACGAUUGGAAUUCAAUGUAUCAUUGUUUACUACAUAAUUGAUACAUGUCGAUAUCAUAAAGAUGGGGAGAGUUGUUUUGGUGACCGGUGCAAACAGUGGUAUUGGGCUGGCGCUGUGCGAGCGCCUCCUGACCCAGGACGGCCAGCUCCAGCUGUGUCUGGCCUGCCGCAACAUGCAGAGGGCCGAGGCCGCCCGCCAGGCUCUGCUGACCUCCCACCCGGGCUCCGACGUGGCCCUGCUCAAACUGGACGUGGGCAACCUCCGCUCGGUGCUGCACGCAGCCCAGGAGGUGAAGUUAAGGUAUAACAGGCUGGACUAUGUCUACCUCAAUGCAGGCAUCAUGCCCAACCCUCAGCUGGACAUCAAAGCCUUUUUCAGGGGUCUCUUCUCAAGCAAUGUUAUUAAUAUGUUUGCCACGGGCGAGGGCAUUCUCACUCAACAAGACAAAACUACCUCAGAUGGACUCCAGGAGGUUUUUGCCACUAAUCUAUUUGGACAUUACCUUCUGGUCAGGGAGCUGGAGCCUCUUCUGUGUCAGCCGGACCAAAGCUCGCAGGUGAUCUGGACAUCUUCCAGCAACGCCCACCGCUCAGCCUUCUGUCUUGAAGACCUGCAGCACCUGAGGGGUACCGAGCCCUACAGCUCCUCUAAGUAUGCCUCGGACCUGCUCAGCGUUGCCCUCAACCGCAAACACAACCAGCAGGGAUUGUACUCCUCUGUGAUUUGCCCAGGACUGGUGAUGACCAAUCUGACAUACGGAAUCUUGCCGUCCUUCUUCUGGACUCUAAUUAUGCCCAUCAUGUGGCUGAUCAGAGUCUUCACAAACACUUUCACCUUGACACCUUAUAACGGAGCAGAGGCAUUGUUCUGGCUGUUCAUGCAGAAACCUGAGUGCCUGGAUCCUCUGGUCAAAUACCACAGUUUGACCUCCGGGCUGGGGAACAACUAUACUCGGCCACACAAGAUGGACAUAGAUGAAGACAUGUCAGAAGCCCUUUAUAAGAAGCUGCAAGAUCUGGAGGAGGAUGUACGACAGAGACUGUCAGUGGAAGAGCAAACUUAACAGCAUCAGUAUUACCUAAAGGUCAUCGUUUGAAGAACUUUUUGAGGCCCCUCCUAAUGAUUCAUGGACGCUGAAAAGCCAGUUGGUUUACACACUUACAGUAUGCUGUUCUGAUGUAGAGGCUCACACCUCCAAAUGCAAAAGACAUUUUCUUACUCAUCAAAGAAACUUUGAUCAUGGCGAUUGUAAGGUUUACACUAUAUAGGUUUUUGCUGUGUUUUAAAGUAAUUCAUGUUUAAAAAAAAUGGUCAUUGGUCAAUUUGUCAUUGUCAAUUCUCAAUGGUAUAAUUGAUUUUCCACACACAAAAAGCUCUUUGCAAUAGAAAGUGGUUUGUUUCUCACAGUAUCUCUGAAGAACAAACCGUGUGUGUGUGUG